CUGGGUGGGCAGUCUGUGACGUUCCAGCUGAUGAUGGCAGUGGGAACAGCUGUGAUUGGCUCGCUGCAGUUUGGCUACAACACAGGGGUCAUCAACGCUCCCCAAAAGAUCAUUGAAGGCUUUUUGAAUGACACGUGGAACAACAGGUACUCUGAGCCCAUCCCUGCCACAUCCCUGACCACCCUGUGGUCCAUCUCCGUGGCCAUCUUCUCUGUCGGGGGCAUCUUUGGCUCCUUCUCCGUGGGCCUCUUUGUCAACCGCCUGGGCAGGAGGAACUCGAUGCUCAUCGCCAAUGUGCUAGCAUUCAUCGCCGCCGGGUUCAUGGGCUUCUCCAAGCUGGCGGCGUCGUGGGAGAUGCUGAUCAUUGGCCGCUUCAUCGUGGGACUUUACUCCGGCCUGUCCACUGGCUUCGUGCCCAUGUACGUGGGGGAGAUCGCGCCCACUUCGCUCCGUGGGGCGCUGGGCACUCUGCACCAGCUGGGCAUCGUCAUUGGAAUCCUCAUGGCACAGGUGUUUGGGAUGGAGUCGAUCAUGGGGAACUCCACUAUGUGGCCCUUCCUGCUGGGCCUCACUUUCAUCCCGGCCGUGUUGCAGUGUAUCCUGCUGCCCUUCUGCCCCGAGAGCCCUCGCUUCCUCCUCAUCAACUGCAACGAGGAGCUCAAGGCCAGGGAAGUGCUGGAGAAGCUGCGAGGCACUGAGGAGGUGGGCGACGACAUGCAGGAGAUGAAGGAGGAGGCCAGGCAGAUGAUGAGGGAGAAGAAGGUCACCAUCCUGGAGCUAUUCCGCUCGCCACUCUACCGCCAGCCCAUCUUCAUCGCCAUCAUGCUCCAGCUCUCCCAGCAGCUGUCUGGCAUCAACGCUGUUUUCUACUACUCCACCAGGAUCUUUGAGAAGGCGGGGGUUUCUCAGCCAGUCUAUGCAACCAUUGGGGCUGGAGUAGUCAAUACAGCCUUCACUGUUGUGUCUCUAUUCAUUGUGGAGCGUGCUGGGCGAAGAUCCCUUCACCUCACUGGGUUACUGGGGAUGGCAUUCUCAGCGGUCCUGAUGACAGUUGCCAUGGCACUGCUUGACCAGCUGCCAUGGAUGUCGUACGUUAGCAUCGUGGCCAUCUUCAGCUUCGUGGCCUUCUUUGAGAUUGGCCCAGGCCCCAUCCCAUGGUUCAUUGUGGCUGAGCUCUUCAGCCAAGGUCCUCGGCCCUCUGCCUUUGCCGUGGCUGGAUUCUCCAACUGGACAGCUAACUUUAUAGUGGGCAUGACCUUCCAAUACGUUGAGCAACUGUGUGGCCCCUACGUCUUCAUCAUCUUUACCGUGCUGCUGCUGGGCUUCUUCGUCUUCACCUACUUCAUGGUGCCCGAAACCAAGGGACGAUCGUUUGACGAGAUCGCUGCUGGCUUCCGCCAUGAUGCCGGAGAGGCAGGGGAGAAGUAUGCGCCUGACGAGAUGAACAGCCUGGGGGGAGCCGACUCCCAACUCUAA